AACGUCCCAGCAAAUACACGGCAAGGGAAAAUGGUGAACGUAGGCUACAAAGUUCUCUUUGCUCUGGCCAUCUGGACGAUGACUACAGAGGCCUUUCCCAAAGGCGCUGAGAGGACAAAAUGCCACCUCACAAAAUACAAGUCCCUGCCACCUCGGGAACUGGAGGCCUUCAAGAAAGCCAAGGACAAAUUUGAGGACAUGAUGCUGUUGUCAGACCGAAAAUGCAGCACCAGGAUUUUCCACCGGAACUGGGAAGUCAAAGAGCUGUCGGUACAAAAAAUCUCAGUCAAGGGGUACAAGAAGGUCACAUGCUAG